AUGGCUGAAGAGCAGGACAUCCGUGUGGGCGACGGUCAUCAAACGCGAUUGCUGUACACCGAAACUAGCUCGGUCGCAAAUGCUAACCGGUUGUUUGGUGCAUGCCACAAUGGCAACACGGUAAUCAUGAUCAACCCUCGGCCAAGUAUCUUUCGGCCAUACAUCCGCGUACCGGAAGGUAUGUACGCUCUUGUGCAGAACCAAGGGCGUGAUAUGGACUACACGAAAGUUGGUGUGAAAAAUCCUGUAUGGCCUGCGGGGUUUCACUGGGCCGGACCGUGGACACAGGUUUCCCACCUCAUCACGAAGCAAUUCAUUGUAUUUGAGACGCCCAUCAAAGGCUGCAAGACAGCAGAUAACGUUACGGUUCGCAUCGACAUAUGCCUCAUCUUCCGCAUCAUGGGGGACAUGUCAAAGGGGGAAGACCCAAACCUUGUACGGCGCUUUGUGUACGAACUCGGUCCUAACGGUCUGGAAGUACAGCUACGUGCCGCACAGGAUGAAGCUGUACGAGCAUUAGCUCGAAGUGUUCAGCACACGGAAGUGUACAGACUUCGUGACGGUACAAUGCAGGAAAAAUUCCACACCGGUAAUCUCGCGACACUCAAUCGUGAGGAUUUCAAUCCAGUACCAACAAAAGUGAACAUAUUUGAUGAGUUGCCCAAAGAAGAAGUGAUAAACCCCGACGCACCCAAGCCUCCUCUUCCUGGUCAGCAAACACCGUACUACGUUACGGAAGAUAUCAAGAAGAAUCUCAACGCACAGUUCAACAACUACGGCGUGCAGAUCACUAGUGUGGCCAUCACCAACGUGAAACUUCCACCGACGUUCGUGGAGCAGAUGCAGAGUCGUACAACACACUUGAGUACGAUUAAGGAACAGAACAUGAAGCAGAUGAACGCCAUGCAAUUGUUAUCGUACAAGGAGGAGAUCGACACGACCAAACUAGCGAGAAAAAUGAUGUUGAUGGAGGAAGAGCAAACCGGAAAAGCCAAAUGUGCAGAGAUUCAGAAAGAGAUCGACAUGGUUGAUACAGACACCCGCGUCAUCCAGGAGCAAAUUGCGCAGGAGACUCGUGUACAGUGCAACAAGAUCGCUGCCGAAGCCUCGUUAGCUAUCGAGAAGAUCCACGCUGAUACGAAGCGCAUUUCGAGUGAGAUCGCGUUCAGGUCCGACACGGAUAUCCGUCUCGUUCAAGCUGAAGAGGAAGCGUGCAAAAUGCAACUACAAGCUGAGAUCGAGGAGCUAACCAGUGGUGGAGAGGCGAAAGCAAAGGAGAUCGUAGCUCGUGCUGAGGGAUCAGCUGCGAAGAAGUUGGAAAAAUAUCGCGCACAUCAGCUUGAUAUGCAGCGCUUAGAGGUGCUCGACUCUCUGUCGCAGAAUCCGAAGACAGUAGUCACCGGCAAUGCGUCUAACAGUCUGCUAGCUGAAAUGAUGGUGGCGAACCAGCACGGCAAAAUCAUGUUAAACAUAGGUGAGGGAGGCUUCAAAGGACUAACGCAGGCUUCUUAA